CUGCCCUGUCUGCCACUCUUCGUGUGAACAGUCCUACAGGACGAGCACUUUCUUGCAUAGUUUUUGCUAGAGCUCCUGCCGCUUCUGUCGCUCUCAUAGAAGUAGAAACGUUGACCCUUUCGUUUCGGAACCACAGCUAAGUAAGUGCUGAAUUGUCGCGUGAAUGAAAGUCUUAAAAGUAAGUAGCUUGUUGCGGCACUCCCUCCGUCCUCCAGAAAGUCCCACAACUAUGGAUGAUAUUUCUUUUCCUUCUAAUAAUGACAUCAGGUUGAGGUUCAGGUUUACUCGUCCUUCUCUUUACUCAUUGAUUCAAGAAGACUCAACUUCGGAGGAGAUGACGAGUUGAUGUUGAUGAUUUGGUUCUUUUGCAUACAACACUACACUACGUACUGCCAGUGAAUUAAUCAAGUUUGAGUGUAUUUUUCAUGAUAAAAUCGCGGAUGGGAAUUUGUGUCUGUGCAUCACCUCUCUCAGUUGUUUGACUGAAAUUCGUGCCUUCAGUACCUGACAACGGAAAGAGAUUGAAUUUUCACAAGAUGGGUGGCUUGCUCGACAAGCCAUGCAAGGAAAAGCAGACCGAGAGCGGGUCCGGUCUGGGCAUGAAAUAUGCCGUCAGUGCCAUGCAGGUUCUUUUGAUAUUGCAACGUAAGCACAUGAUACAGUUUUGAAUUUUGACGGAAAUUUCUCUUCUCCCUCGCGAUGGUGCGCAAAAUGUUGCUACUGGGCAAUCUGUCAUGUGUAAAGACAAACGAACUGUUCAAAUAAACGGACAAAUUCAGGGUUGGCGAAGAACCAUGGAGGACGCACACAUUGCGGACUUCACGGCCUUUUUCCGCGAGAACCCCGCCGCCCUCUUCGGCGUGUAUGAUGGACAUGGGGGUAAAGACGUGUCGGAACUUGUCGCGAAAGAUUUCGCCAAAGUCUUCCGCAACCAGCAAAACAAGGUGGCGGACCUGGGCGAGGCCUUGCAGGAAACGUACCACGAACUGGAUAGAAUAAUGAACCGAGACAUGGCCUCCUCGACGAAAUACGGCGGACAGGGCUGCACUGCGGUCACCUGUGCGAUACAAGGUAGAGAUGGGACGAGUUUCGCAUCAUGACAGAUAUCGUGUGCGAUUUCAGGAUUGCAUACCCAACAAAGACAAGGCACGGUGUCUGUAUGCAAUCUUCUUUCUAUGAAGGUCCCAUAGAUACUAUUGCGAAAAUUAAAACUAACCAAUAUCAGGCAAGAAGUGCUACUUCGCGAACGCCGGUGACUCCCGUGCGAUAAUAGGGACGAAAACAGGAAAGGUCCGCGUCUUCACGCACGAUCACAAACCGAAUUCGCCCCGGGAGAGGAAACGAAUACAAGAAGCUGGCGGGACCGUGGAUUUGAUGCAGGGGCAGUACCGGGUGUGUCAGAAUUUAAACUUGAGCCGGGCCUUGGGGGAUUUGAGGUACAAGACAGCGCUAGACGAGACGGGCCCGGACAAGCAAGUGAUUGCCGGUACAAAUUUGUUUUUCCUGAAAAUAAAGGGCGUAUUGUGACUUAUUCGACUCAAUGCAGUGCUGUAGGUAGUUGCAAAGAUGCUCAUUUUCCAAAAAUGAAUGAACACGAAGCGAAAAUAAACGAAAACUAGGCCAUGCUGACAUCCUUGAGUGCACGCUGGAGCCAACCGACGACUUGCUCAUACUUGCGUGUGACGGCAUCUGGGACGUGGUCACAAACGAGCAGUGUCUCGCGUUUGUCCAGAACUUCCUGCAGGAUGACCACAGCGAGCAGAACCUGCGAAGGUGCGCCGAAGCCCUGCUGGAAAGGUGUUGCAGUCCGGAUUCGAACGUACUGCGACUUAAUACCUAACUUACUAAAAUGGGCUUCUGUAUGGACUAGCUCCAAAUUAUGCGACGAAAUCAAGAUAGCGAUACAUAGGCUGCAAAUCAUCGAUAGAAAUAUGCGUCCGUCGAGCUGCCAUUUGAUAUCCACCUCAGCAAAAGCAUCUUCAUUCCUGCAAAAAAAAAAAUCGAAAUCUACAGAUGAACAGCCUGGGCACGGACAACAUGACGGCUUGCAUCGUCAGCCUGAAGCAGGGCAGUGGCUCCGAGAAAAAGACGAAGUUCACCGGCCCGCCGCAGCUCAAGUUCGAAUUGGCUAAAUCUGUUAACUUAAAUGAUGUCGAGGUUUACAGCUUGCUUGACACCGAUCUCGUUUCUGAGGACACUGUCCCAGAUUUGUCUAGCAUAGUACCCACAGCAAGUUACAGCAAGAGCGACCCCGUGUUUCUAGCUUGCGUGCAGCAAGUCAGGAAGAGCAAGGGGGAGCAGUCACUGUUAGUAAUCAUGACACAUAAGUCUGGAGAGAAGAAGAGGGAGGGGGUAACCGGGCCGUCAAUGGAGUAUGUGUGCCUGCCCGGAGUGGCGCAGAAGAUUACACACUCAAAAGCCAGGCACGAAAUCCUGGUUUACUGAAAAUUUUUAUAGUGUUUUUUAGUUCGCGUUCGCCUGUAGCUUCGUGACAGAAUUUAGCCAAUCGAAACCCAAACCCUUGAUGCUUCCGCAGAGGCAGAGCUACGGCCGUAGUUCUGAAACUGAAAGAGUAGCGCGGAAGAGGAGGACAUAAAAAUCGCGGUAAAGCUGAAUCUGCACGCUUAUGACGCUCCUUCUGGAUCUGUCCUCUGAGUAGAAUAAGAAGCCCGUAUCUUAUUCUGCAACAGCACCGAUAUCAUGCACUUACAUACUGGCACUUAUUUGGUGUUUUUCUUGAGUGUCUGCUAGAACUGGAAGGAGUACCCCUAACCCUAUGAUGUGACAGGUGUUAGUGUAGUAGCUACGACACACUGUGGGCGUUUUCUUUUCUUGCUGCGCUCCGUGAAGAUAAAACUGUGCGACAGCAAGUAGAAGUACGUCGAAAGCGACCUCCUUUUGCAGGAGUAGAUGCGACAUGUUGAUGCGUAUCGAAGAUACAAAGUCUCUUGCUGGUCGUUGGCAACUGUGAAUAAGUGUAGUCAUGCAAUAAAAGUGAAACCUUCUUCUUGAUCCUAUCAGGGGCUGUGGUUGCAGCGGCAGCGAUGCAGGAAAGAAGCCCGAGGGCCGGGCCCGAAGACAGCGCACAAGCAGUCGGCUCUGACGGCAGAAACUGGAGCAAGCCGGCGUACUAAAAAUCUUGCGCUCUUCAUGCUCGUCUUGUUCGCGACCGGGAAGAUGAGAUAGUGAACGGGCAAGAGCAUGAGCAUCCGCAUUUUUUUCCUUUCAUCGUAAGAGGGACCAGAGCGGCCCUACAGCAGUACUAGGUCGCAAAGUUGCACUACUGCCAAAAUUUAGUCCUGCACAGGAGCGAGAUGAAGCACAUCGUGAGCCACCAGGAGAGAU